GGAAAUAUUUCCUUAAGGCCAAAGGUGUUAGUGCAAUAAUGUACAGGUAUGUAAUUAACUUGUAGUAAUAGCGUGUUCGCUUUUUGUCCUUUGUUGAUAAGUUGAGAAGUGUGGGCUUCUUAGGAUACCGUAGUUUUGUAGGAGGUUUCGGGCAUUGAUAACUUGCGGGUGCUACACCGGGAAGUUUUAGGAAAAAUAUUGUAAAUUCACCAGUGCACAUAUUGUGCAGUUUCUGUGUCUCUGAAUGAAAGGUAAACAAUGACAUCGAUAGACACAGCGAAUUUUUUCCUGCGCAACGGCUGAAACCGUUGGUUAAUUUGCCCAUCCGCUGUAAGGAAGAGAGUUGUAAUAAAGUGUAAACAGACCGAAACUAGCGAUGACUACGACGGAAAAAAAGAGCAAGUUUUUAGUUGUUGGCGGCGGUAUUGCAGGAGUUACAUGUGCCGAACAGCUUGCUUCACAGUUUCCAUCAGAAAGGAUUUUACUCUUGACUGCUGCACACUUGAUUAAGGCUGUGACAAAUUUUAAACAGGUUUCUAAGACACUGGAAGAUUUUGAUGUUGAAGAGCAAUCUUCAAGUGUUUUGGAAGAAAAGUAUCCAAAUAUUAAAGUCAUCCAAUCAGCAGUGAAAGAACUGAAAGCACACCAGCAUAGAGUGCUCACAGAGGAUGCCAGAGAGUUUCAGUAUGAGAAGCUGUGCAUCUGCGCUGGAGGCAGGCCCAAGCUCAUUGCCCACGACAACCCCUAUGUGCUGGGAAUCCGGGACACGGACAGUGCAAGGGAGUUUCAGAAGCGUCUGUCACAAGCUAGGCGAAUAACUGUUGUUGGGAAUGGUGGGAUAGCGCUGGAACUCGUUUAUGAAAUAGAAGGCUGUGAAGUUAUCUGGGCCAUCAAAGAUCAAGCCAUUGGGAACACCUUCUUCGAUGCUGGAGCUGCUCAGUUCCUGAUUCCCACUCUGGACGUAGAGAAACCUGAGAAACGAGCCCCCUGUAAAAGAGCGAAGUAUACCACUGAAGAUCACGAACAGCAAGAGAGAUGCUCAGCUUCUGCUGGAGAGCUGGGAAGUGCCCUGGGGCCUGACUGGCAUGAAGGGAUGAAACUACAUGGAGCACAAGAGGUGUCGCACAAAGUCCAUGUUGAGUACCAGUGUGAAAUACAGAAAAUCUACACACAGGAGGAGUUUAUGAAGUCUCAACAAAUACCGCUGUUAUUUCCUGACCACAGUUCAAAUAAGGGAAAGUCACCAACUGACAAAGAGGCGUGGCCAGUAUAUGUUCAGUUGACCAAUGGGAAGUGUUACGGCUGUGAUUUCAUUGUCAGCGCUACCGGAGUUAUUCCCAAUACGGAGCCGUUCACCAAAGGUAACAGUAUUGAAGUAGCGGAUGACUGUGGGAUCAAAGUGGAUGAUCACAUGCGCACGUCCGUGCCAGAUGUGUAUGCAGCCGGAGAUGUGUGUACAGCUUCCUGGGAGCCAAGUGCUCUGUGGCAACAGAUGAGGCUGUGGACGCAGGCCCGACAGAUGGGCUGGUACGCAGCGAGGUGCAUGGGUGCCGAUGCGCUGGGGGAGCCCCUCGAGCUGGACUUCUGCUUCGAGCUCUUCUCGCACAUCACGCGCUUCUUCAGCUACAAGGUGGUGUUAUUGGGAAAGUACAACGCCCAGGGCCUGGGCAGUGAGCACGAGCUGCUGUUGCGCUGCACGAAAGGCCAGGAGUACGUGAAAGCAGUCAUGAGGAACAGCAGGAUGGUGGGCGCCGUGCUCAUUGGGGAGACGGACCUCGAAGAGACAUUUGAAAACCUUAUCCUGAACCAGAUGGAUCUCUCUGCGUAUGGAGAGGACCUCCUCAACCCCAACAUUGACAUAGAGGACUACUUCGACUGACAGCAUAUGCUUGUUGUGUUUUAGGUUCCGUAUGAGAAGGACUUUCCUUGGUUAAGUUUGAAAUUAAGUGUGGAAGAAAGAAGUGGUCUUUAUAAAUUACAGUUUAGCUUGGAAAAAGUGCUUUCUCCAGAUCAAUUUUGCUUCUUGACUUGAAUAUUUUAUGGAUGAGUUUAAGGAGAAAGAAAUUUUGAGGGAAGCCCUUUCAGCUUAAGUUUAAACUCAAACAGUUGGAAGUAACAACAUACAAAUGGACUGGGCUUGAAGAUGAUUCUUAUUCUAGUUCUUUCUGACAUCUGGUCUUCACGUCUCAAUGUCCCUGAAUAUCUUACCAAUCCUUUCAUUUAGGACAAUAACGUGUUACUGAACAUAUGAGCUAUUUCAUGAAAGAAUUCAUGAUCGAUGAACAUGUACUUUCAGAUUACUUCAUCAGGGAUCCUGCAAAGGAAAGAUAAUGGAAAAUCCAAAGAUCUGGAAUAUUUGGUAUCAAAUAAAUGAAGUCCAAUUUAAAACACACCAUAACAUCCAUCAUACAUUUUUGCCCUAUUAUAUGAAGCAAUCCUUUUAGAUGGGUUUUGCCAAACACUAAGCCAGCACUGAAUAAUGUAGUAUGAAUUUGUAAUUUGUGGAUUGAAUUUAAUGCAGAUCUAAUUUUUUGUACCACAUCAUGGGCACCUCUCUAAUGUUAUUGUGCUGAUUGUUCUGUCAUUUCAUGAGUCUAGACACUAACUCACCUCGAGUUGGAGUAUGGAUGGAACCAGGCAAAUAAUUGUAAUGAUUGUCUAAACAGAUCUAGUCUAGCUCUUAAGACCUCUCUGAUAAACAGUUGCUUUCCAACAAUAAAGUCAAAAUACUUAAAUGGACAUAUUAA